AUGAGUGACAUAGGAAAUCCUAUCGUGCUUGCAGAAUCAUUCGAAGAUAAUGAGGAAACUUUCGUUAAUAAUGAGGAAAUUACCGAAAAUAAUGAGUGUACUGCGUUAGAAGAAGAGAGUGAUCUUGUCCCUAAGGUUGGAAUGAAGUUUAAUGAGGAGAAAGACGUUUUUGAAUUUUACAAAAGAUAUGCUUACGAUGUGGGUUUUCCUGUUAAAAGAAGGAGUUUGAGGACGGGUGAUGACGGCGUUCUAAGGUUAUAUCGAUGCAACAGACAAUUAAGUGAACAUGUCAAGCGACAGCUUGAAGUUAAUGAUAUAGCUGGAAUUCCAUUACAUAAAAGUUAUAACUCAGCUGUUGUUGAAGCUGGUGGAUAUGAGAACCAGACGUUUGUGGAAAAGGAUUGUAGAAAUUACAUUGAUCAGGUGAGGAGGUUAAGACUUGGUGAAGGAGAUGCUGCUGCUAUUCAAGCUUAUUUUUCGAAGAUGCAAGCCUUUUGUCCGGGUUUUUACUUCAGUGUGGAUUUGGAUGAAGAUGGCAGAUUGAAGAAUGUCUUUUGGGCUGAUAAUAGGUGUAGACAAGCAUUUAAGGAAUUCGGCGAUGUUGUCACAUUUGACACCACAUACUUAACCAAUAGAUACGACAUGCCGUUUGCUCCAUUCGUUGGUGUAAAUCACCAUGGACAAUCGACACUGUUUGGAUGUGGUAUUAUUUCCAACGAGGACACCAGGACUUUUGUGUGGUUGUUUAGGACAUGGCUUGAGUGUAUGGAAGAUCAGGGACCUAGUCCUGAAGAAUUCGAGCAGAACUGGAAUAUCUUCAUUGAGAAAUAUGCACUGCAUGACAAUGAUUGGUUGUCUGGACUUUACAAAGAAUGA